AUGUCUCAGCUGUGGACUCGAUGGGCAGCAAUCACCAGGAGCCGACGCUCGAGCACUCCCUACUCUCCAUUUGCACCUCACUUCCGCCGGCAAUGUUUGCGCUCGGCGACGGCGACAUGCUUGGGCACGACAGAGGUACUUGCUUUGUUGCUGACGGACAGUCAUCAGGAAUGUGCGUUUCGACUCCCCGGCGCACUUUCAGCUCUGCGUCGACUGGACGAUGGCGGUGGGGGCUAUGCAGCAAGUGCAGCGACUCUUGACCGGCCUGGCAGCAUGUCGCUCACGCCAGGCACGAAAGCCUGGCGAUUUGCUGGUCGGCGCCCAAUGCCCGACCAUAUUGCAUUUUGGCUCGGAGGUGUGGUGGACGAGUGGAUGUCUUUUGGCCGUGCGAAUAGUUGGUGGGGCCUCCAUGCGGGCGGCACGCUACCGUACGGGAUGCACCCGCAAGAUGCACGCGAGCUCCAAACCCGCAGCGUUCGCAUGCUGUCCUUACUCGGCUCCUGA